CAGCUCACUUUUUUGUAAAGUUGUGACCUGCAAGUGAGAUCAGCCUCUCACAUGGAACAGAAGUGGCAGGGCUUAUCAGAUACUUGCGGACCAAGACAGGCAGAUGUGGAUGAGUCCCUGCUUGACUGAACCACCACUGGAGUGGGCAGUCUGUUUAGCUGAUGGUGGAUUCUGCUCUGUACAAAUUCUGGGCCCUGCUACACAGGGCUUCCUCAUUUGGAUCAGAAUCUGAAGAAAUUGGAGAAAGAAAGAAGCUCUUUUUCUUUGCUGGCUCCUGUGUGGUGAUAUCCUUACACUGUUCCUGCAGUAGGGCCUCAAAGCUGGUCUAAACAUCUGUUCGCUCUCCAUUUGCAAGACAUUUUAAAUCCUUAAAGCAAGCACAGUCAAACACAGUGGCCAUCCUGAGCCAUUCAUGGUUGAGUGAAGCUUGUGAAGGUUGUCUUGAAUUUCACAAUGUAGGUUGAGUCGUCAUCUGAGACCUCCAUGAUGCAGUACAGGUGACGGAGAGCAGGAAUUGGUGUGCACACGUGGUAACCAAGACAGUAAGUUGUGUGGUGGAAGAUGGAGUGGAGACGUACGUGAAACCAGACUACCAUCCUUGUGCCUGGGGCAGCGGUCAGUGCAGCCGCGUGGUCGUCUAUCGUACCUACAUGAAGCCCAGGUACAAAGUAGCCUAUAAAAUGGUGACGCAGAUGGAGUGGAAGUGUUGCCAGGGUUACAGUGGCAAUGACUGUACCAAUGGUCCAGUUGGGACAGGAAGCACGAACAGGCCUCAGCCCCAGCCAAGGGAUGGAGGAAGUGGGAUGAGCACCGGACAAGGAGGCAUCAACACUGGCUUUGGACAGAAUGGAGGACACGCUGGAAGGGUCGAUAAUGAAAAGAUGAGGCAGCUGGAAGAAAAGAUUCACACCCUGACUAAAACUAUUGAUGACUUGCAAUCUACCAUCACCUCCAUGAAUGAGCACUUUCAGGGAGGGGUCAACAAACCCGUUCUUCACAGCAGCGGUGGUAUAUCUUCCGGAGCAAGAAAUCCUGCUGAUGCAGCUCAACCAGAGAUUAAAGAGACAAUUCACAGCAUUCAGACCAAACUGGAUCAACUUGACAAUCGCACACAGGCUCAUGAUAAAACCCUUGUAAGCAUCAACAAUCAUCUUGUAAAUGGAAAAGGGAAUGAUCUGGAAGGAGGUCUUUCUGGAGGAAGUUUGAGUGAAAAAAGUCUAAACUCACUGAAGGAGGAGAUCCUUAAGGAGCUUGAGAGAAGGGUUUCACUAUCAUGUUCCUCCUGUCAGGCUGGUGUGGAGGACCUGCAUAUGCAGCAGCAGGAAGACCGGGAAAGAAUUCGGGCCCUGGAGAAGCAGCUUAAUGCAAUGGAUGUUCAUUAUCGACAAGGAAUCGAUGGGUUGCGGCGGGAAGUAGCGAGUUCAAAGGGAUGUUGUGACACCCUCAAUGACCUCCGAAACCGCGUCACAGAUGCUGAGCGCAAGAUCAGCUCAGCAGCAGAGAACUUUGAUGUCCUACAGAACCGCCUGAACAACGAGCUUAAAGGAGGAAGCGGCAACAGUAAUAAUGAUGGAGGCUUCAGAGGAGGAGUGAUUGGUGCUGAAGGUGGAAGAAGUGGUAGCAGCAGGGAUAUAGUGGUGACUGAGGAUAAACUGAACAAUCGACUGAAGGAUUUGGAACAACGGGUCAAUGGGACUAUGGAGCAAACUGAACAAAGCUGUGCAUAUCUGGAAAAUGAUUUGAAGGACUAUUUUCACAGAGAACUUGGCGACCUUCGGACUGUGUUCCUGGACCGCUUUGAUGAUCAGGCUUUCAGAAUUACAGACGUGGAGCUGGAUGUGGGGCUUGUGAAGCAAAGGGUGAAUGAACAUGAUAAGACAAUGUCAAAGCUAGAAAACAGAACCUCCGACCUGAGCAGGAAGCUGGAGGAGUGUGGCUGUAGAAGCAUGGGGGGAGGAGGGGAAGUAGGAAGAGGAGGGGGGACAACUAUCAAUGGUGGUGGCCGCGGUGACACUACUGGUGGUGCCAGUGACACGGGUGGAGACAGAGGUGGCACUAGUGGUGGCAGAGUUGGUAAUGGUGGAAGUAGAGGUAGCAUUGGCGGAAGCAGUGGUGGCCUUGGUCGGGACGAAGGAGGAAGUGGGACUGUGAGAGGAGGAGGAUUACCGGGUAUAGGAGGAGAAAGAGAUAAUUCAACAAGGAAGUCACUGGAGUGGAGAGUGGUUGCCAAUGAGGAUCAAAUUAGACAUUUUAACACAAAACUCAAGGACCUCUCCGUGUCGGGAGACUCUCUUAAUGAUAAGGUAGUGGAUCUGAGCCAUGAUAUCCAUAAGAUCAAGGCUUUGACUGGUGAUCACAGUGAACACUUUAACCGCAUUGUGACAGAGGUGGAGUUGCUUGGGCAGGACUGUGAAAUCUGUGGGACAGUGGAAGACGAGUUGCGGAAGCUGCGGAAUCAUUCCAAGGAUGCACUGGGCCGCCUGCAGAACCACAUCAACAGACUUCAGCUGAGUUUAGACUCUGGGGGUGCCUGCAACCAGAUGUGCUCUCAUUUGCAGGAUGAAGUUCGUCUGCUGCGAGAAGAUGUCACACGGUGCACCAAUAAAUGUGGUGGUUCUGGUAGCACCAGUUUCACCGGUGCAAAUGGAGGUACCAGGGAAGAUGGACCCCGUUUGGAUGGCGAGAGGCCUUUAGAUGGUUACAGUGUGAUUGGAGGCUCCAUCAACAACAACCAGAUGAAGACAUUGCAGGGUGAAUUGUCUGAGGUCAUCCUGACCUUCAGCUCUAUAAACGACACCUUAAAGGGUCUUGAACACACGGUACAGAAACAUGGCAGCGUCAUCACCGACCUGGGAAACACAAAGGAUAAGAUUAUCUCUGAACUGGACAAAAUACAACAGGAGGUGACAGAACACAUUGAGAAAAGUCGGGACCGGUUGGAUAGGAUGGACGAAGAUGUCAGACGUUUUGAGAGCACGAUGCUGGUAGAGAUGGGAGACUGUAAGAGAUCAGGUGAUGGGCUGGAGAAGAGGCUAUCCAAACUUGAAGGAGUCUGUGGAAGGUUGGACGGAGUCUAUGACUCCAUCCACAAGAUCAAGGAAGGACUGAACCAACAUGUAUCUAGCUUAUGGACAUGUUUUUCGGGUCUGAACAACUCAGUCAUCCAUCAUGGAGGAAUCUUAGACUUUGUACAGAAGAACCAGGAUGAUGUUCAGAGCCGGAUGAAGAACCUCAAUUCGAGCUUGAACUACAUCUUGAAAGAGAUGCAAAGUUUCUCAGACCAUGCCCUGACUGGCCAACCUGGACCUCCAGGAGAGAGAGGCUUCAAUGGGCUACCAGGUCCCCAAGGACCACCUGGACCUUCUGGAAGAUCAGGAGAAAGUGGAACACGUGGCCUACCAGGUCCCAAAGGAGAAACAGGACUACCAGGUGCUGAUGCUCAUUUACCCAAAUUGUCCUUCUCUGCUGCCCUUACUGUUCCCAUGGAGAGAGCAGGAACCAUCAUUUUUGACAAGAUCUUUGUUAAUGAAGGCGACUUUUAUGACCCCAGAACAGGUAUUUUUACUGCCCCAGUUGAUGGACACUACUUUUUCAGUGCCAUCCUAACAGGCCACAAGAAUGAGAAGAUAGAGGCUGUUCUGUCCAAAUCCAACUAUGGCAUGGCCCGUGUGGAUUCUGGUGGCUAUCAGCCUGAGGGUCUGGAGAACAACCCUGUAGCUGAAGUUAAAACCUCUCCAGGCUCACUAGCUGUUUUCAAUAUCAUCUUGCCCUUGCAGACUCAGGACACAGUCUGCAUUGACUUGGUGAUGGGAAAACUGGCCCACUCUGUGGAACCACUUACCAUCUUUAAUGGGAUGCUGCUCUAUGAAGAUAUGUGAUGGCUUCUUGCUGAUGCCUGAAACACUAAAUGACAAGGACAGAGUACCUGAAUAACAGAAUUUCCAGAUGAGUCAAGACAAGCCCACAGUAGGCGGCACUAAAGCAAUGAUAUCACUUUGAUAUUCGGAAGUGACCAAGAACUUAUCUUUAGCAAGACAUUCAGUAUUGAGAAAAUGUGUUUCUUUUUAAUGUAUCUGAUCAUCUGACAAAAAUCUUGUUUAACCAGUAUUAUGUGAUUAUCCGAGCAGUCUCCUUCCCGGGAUUGGUUCAAAUAGAUAAAAACAGAUGAAUUGACAUACUCCAACUGUGCAUCCCUUGAGGUUACUGGGUUAAUUACAAUUCAGAUGCUGAAAAUCUACCACAAUGUAGUAGGCAACUUUAUGUCAAGUGUGGUGCUCUGAGGACAUGUGGUUUCUUGUGGUACACCUGCAUGUUUGUUGACUCAUCACAACUUUUCAGAGGUUGUCAUGGGAUCGUAUGACUAUGAAAACUGUGACAUCUUUUUCUGUUUGUUUUUAAAACAAAACAAAAACAAAAAAAAAGCAUGUUUAGUCUGAAACCAACUAUACUAUUCAGUUUACUGGUAAGACUUCCUGUUUUGAAUGUUUUAUCAUAAGUUGCACAUUUUGUUUGUUUGUGUUGCCAAAUGUCUUUAAACCACUUAAUAGACAUACUUUUGAUGGACAAGUAUUAGAGGAAAAUAGAUUCUUGCAAUACUCUAUUUGGUUAGUAUCUGCAGUUGGUUACUACAGUAGAUUUUUUUUAAUAAGAGCACAUUAGAAAUAUUGUCUUACACAACAGUAAAAUGUCCUUGUUUUUAAAAAAGAGAAUGUAAGGAAUACACAAUUUAAAUAUUUAAUGCAGAGGUUUUUGUCAUGUUCAUUCUUAUGUACUGUGCUACUUGGAUAUUUUUGGGCAGCAGUUGGGUAGAGCAUGCUCUUGGUGAUGGCUGAAAGUUGGUUCUCGGGACAUGGAAGGUUAACUUUCUGGUAGGGAAGGAGCAUGAGCAAGUGUGUGAGGUCCACAAGUAGAUAUAGGUAGCUAUGGAUAUAGUCGGGCCCACCAUGACACACGGCUUGUGCUUGGGUACCUAUUCCCUUAUGAGGGGUUGGUCUCUUCCACUCUGAAGUUGCCCCAUUAGGACAUACUAAGCACGUGUGGGCAAACUUAAUGACCCCAAGCACGGUGCCUGUAAGUUGGCGUUCACCCUGGUGGACGAGAGUGUAGCCUCCCUCCUUUGUCCUGUGGAACUUCAGAAGCAACAGAUGGCCGAGCGUAAUGCAGCUGCAGAGGUCGCUCGAGCAAAAUCUCAGGUGUAAGAGGAGUUUGGUGAGGCCGUGGAGACAUCUGGACGUCUUCAAGGAAAUUCUCGUCCACCGUCCAGUGGAUAGAGCGCGGGAUGGAGUACACAAUCUGUACUGUGUAUUGUAAGGAUGACUUGAGCUGGGAUGUCGUGAAUGGGUGGGGAGAAUGCAAAGACCUCCUCAAAUUCACCGACAUAACUUCCACUGACAAAGCAGAGUCUGGGAACUGGGAGGUGGGCUUAACUUGCUGAGGUGGUUAAAAAACUCCUGCGAGAGAGCCCAAGCAGUAAAUUAGAUACACCCGGAGUGCCUCAAGGCUCUGUUUGUUGCUGGUGUGGGGGUUUGGCUAACACACAUCUGCAACAUCACAUGGACAUCUGGGACAGUGCAUCUGCAUUCAUCAAGGAUUGGCUCUGGGCUGUGGUCCGUCACUGUAAGACAGAGUACAUAAGUAUGAAUGAAAAUGAGGCCAAUGGAAUGGUAAACUUACAAGGGGUAGAUGUGGAGAAGGUGGAAGGAAUUAAAGUGCUUACAAUGAACUUCAGAGCAAUGGUCCUUGUGGAAGAGAGGUGAAGAAAAUAGGACAGGCAGCAGAGUCUCAACUUUAUUUAUAGAGCACUUUAAAACAACCACAGCUGCACACAAAAUGCUGUACACUAAGGGUAUCAACAAAUCAAACAUAAAAAUAAAGUUAAACAUAGGACAAAUUAAAGGAAUAGAUUAACAGCAAUGUUGGAUUACUGUUUUGAAGUGUUGUGAAAGAAGAGACUUUAGCCAGCUGCCCAAGAUAUGUACAUAAAACAGUACCAAUUUGCCGAUCCAAUUUAAAAUCACUAUUCAGUUUAAAACCCAAGUUCAAGACUUUCAGCUUUCAAUAAUAAUAAUAAUAAUUCAUUUAUAAAGUACGUCAGGGGGCCCAAGACAACGGGGGGGAUUUACAAGGGCCAUUUCGACUAAAAACCCUAACUUCUGGUAUCGCUAAAUCGUUAUUGUUAAAAUGAAAAAAACUUGAAUGCCAUCCAGGCUUUAAUGUCCACAAGACACACAAAAAAUUAGCCCUAAGGAGAAUGGAUCCUUUAGUGUGACAUGAAUCUGACUGUCAUCGGCAUAGCAAUGAAAAGAAAUCCCAUGCUUUUUCAGGAUGGAACCCAAUGGCAGCAAAUAGAAGGAAACCGAAGGGGCCCAAAAAUUGAACCCUGUGGAGCACCAUAAGACAGUGGGGACCCCGAGGAACCACAUCUUACACACAGCGUUCUGCCUACCAGAUAGCCUCUUAAACACUCAAGAGUGCUACCAUUAAUGCCCACCAGGUGCGACAAACAAGCCAACAGAAACCUGCGGUCCAAAGUAUCAAGCGCUGCAGUCAGGUCCAGCAGAACAAGACACACAUAGUCUAGCCAUAAUUAGCCACAAAGAUGUCAUUAAAAACUCAAAGGGUUGACUCUGUGCUAGUCCUCCAUGAUGAUAUGUUCACCGAGAAACGACGAGGAUUUGUUUUUAAAUAAAAGUCAUCUUAGAAAUGGGUAUAAAAUUUGCUAACACACCAAGACGGAAACCAGGAUUGUUUAGCAGGGGUUGCACCACAGCAUGUUUAAAAUUCGGGGGGUACAACACCAGAAGACAGACGGCUUUUUAUAAUGGCUAGAACAAGACUGCCCGAUACUCGGGAGGACUUCCUUAAAGGAGAGAUGUCCGUAUUUCACUAACAAAUUGAUCCCAAAAGAACGACUGGACACUGCAUAUCAUUAACUCAUUUUAUAUAUCGUAGCUGUCGGGUGGAAUCCCCUCACCUCCAAAAUGACAACUUUUCAGGAAAUAGAACAAAGUAUAACUUGCUUGAGUUUCCAAACAACGGCCCUGUUCAAGUUGGUAUACCACUACUAUGCCCUGCAAUCCUUGCAAGCCUCGGGCAUGCAUGAACCCAAGAAACAUGGCGGAAUAUCCCAAAACUGUCACCAGUCAUCACCAAAAUUUACGCGGACUUUUCUGCUCAUGGCAGCUUCAACCUCUGAAAAUAUUAAAACAAUCGGCCCAACAUUUUAGAUUUUAUGGACGUUCCGCGUGUUCCUUUUUCUCAAAUGAUCAUCUAUGGAGAGAAAAACGCUUUGGUAGGAAAUAUUCGCCUGACAUUCAGUUCUCACACACUCAUACCCGACCUCAUAACUUCAUUUUCGACUAUAUACUAUACAUCUAUAUCUAUAUUUAUGCUGUAGUAUGUGGAGGACAAUUUUGGAAACUGCUUACUACAGGUCAAACUUGGCUGAUACCUUGCUUUUGGUUAAAAUGUGCAAUUCAUUAUCAGAAAUAUUUACCAAAAAUCAAUAAAAACACUUUUUUCUUAUUUUGAUCGCUGUUGUAGUUGGCAAUAGGAGUCCACUAUUUACCACAGGUCAAAUUUUACGGCUAUCUUGCAUUUUAGUUAAACUGUGUGCAAUUAAUUGUCAAAAAAUAUUCACCAAGAAUCAAUAAAAACGCUUUUUUUCUCAUUCUGAUUGCUGUAGUCGGUGUCAAUGCACGGCCACUGCUUACUAACUACAGGUCAAACUUCUCUUCCAUUGUAGAGAAACAGUGUGCAAUUAAUUGUCUAAAAUAUUUACAAUAUUUAUCCAUCCAUCCAUCCAUCCAUUUUCUACCGCUUAUCCGGGUCGGGUCGCGGGGGGAGUAGCUUUAGCAGGGACGCCCAGACUUGCCUCUCCCCAGCCACUUCAUCCAGCUCUUCCGGGGGGAUCCCGAGGCGUUCCCAGGCCAGCCGAAGGACGUAGUCUCUCCGGCGUGUCCUGGGUCGUCCCCGGAGUCUCCUCCCGGUGGGACGUGCCCGGAACACCUCACCGGGGAGGCGUCCGCGAGGCAUCCGAAUCAGAUGCCCCAGCCAGCUCAUCUGGCUCAUCUCGAUGUGGAGGAGCAGCGACUCUACUCUGAGAUCCUCCCGGAUGACCGAGCUUCUCACCCUAUCUCUAAGGGAGAGCCCGGACACCCUGCGGAGGAAACUCAUUUCGGCCGCUUGUAUCCGGGUUCUUGUUCUUUCGGUCACGACCCACAGCUCGUGACCAUAGGUGAGGAUAGGAACGUAGAUCGACCGGUAAAUUGAGAGCUUCGCCUUUCAAGGCAUUGCUAUGGACGAGUGGUGCGGUGGGAUUCUUUUUUUAGUGUCGAAACACCUGCAAGAACCUGUGAGUUGAUAUGUUAGUACAACCUGUGUUGUUGUUAGUCAUCCCAGCACAAAUAAUUAAAGUCCAUUGUGUGUCUAUCGAACAUAUUAGUGAAUGAACACCAUAUCACAUGCAUGUUAGUCAACUUGUGUACGGAGUUGUUGAGCCGGGUGAGUGUUGGGUCAGUGAGCCCGUCCAGCAGGGGACCCAACAAGGGGGACACCACCGACCCCCCCUUGGACCUAGGGAGGUCCCGAGCCUGUCCGAAGCGCCCCGACCAAUUGUGUUCACCGGUUGUGAGCGAGAGGAAGGCGGGGCCCAGAGAGGUGGGGGGCAGACCCCCGCCACUCCACAUCCCGACAACCGGAGGGCGCAAGCCCCAGGGGUCAAGCCAAGAGAAAUGUGAAAACCCACUACCUACCCUAUCACCAUGGUCACCAGGUCCCCGACUGGCAACCAUUAUCCCUGUACCGUGAUUGUGUGUGUUGGGGUGCAGUGCAUUAAAAUUGGAGAAACUGGUGGGGGUGAGGUGAGAGAGUCACAGGGCAAUAAUGACCCACAAUCGUCACCCCCACCCAGGUCAACCAGCUCCCCAAAGGAUGUGUGAAUGUACAGUUAUGUGGUGCAUUAAAAAUCCGCAGGAGAAAGGCAUGGCGGUUUUGGUGAAUAUUUUUGACAAUUAUUGCUUUUUGGUAAAUAUUUUUGACAAUUAAUUGCACACAGUUUAACCAAAAUGAAAGAUAUCAGCAAAGUUUCACCUGUAGUAAGUAGUGACCUUGCACUGACACCUACUACAGCAAUCGGAAUAAGAAAAGGUGUUUUUUAUUUAAUUUGGGUGAAUAUUUCUGCCAAUUAAUUGCACACAGUUUAACCAAAAUUAUUUAUUUAUUAAAAGUUAUCCGCAAAAUUUGACCUGUAGUAAGCAGUGGACUCCCAUUGCCAACUACUAGAGCAAUCAGAAUGAGAAAAAGUGUUUACAUUGUAUUUUUGGUGAAUAGUUUUACCAUUGAAUUGCACACACCCUGGCGAAUGUCAGGCGAAUAUCAAAAUUCCGGCUAACGUACAGGAAGCUAUUGCACAUUUCAAUUCUGUGCAAUGAGGAGGGUUAAGAACAGAGUUGAUAGUUUUGAAGAAUAUACAUGGGUUAUGACAGUUAGCCUGAAUAAGGUUUGACAGGUGUUCCCUUUUGCCCUCUUUAACGACUAAAGAGAUCAAACCAGUCUCAGUGAAGCUCAUCUUAGUACUGUCCUUGUCUUUUACUCCGAUGUGAGGCAGAUGGAAAGCUGCAGUGGAUACAGGAGCGGUUUGGCAAGUAGGUUUCGAUGCUUUGGCUUGAUGAGAAUAACAGCAGGUUCCGAUUCCUGCUGCCACUGCCAUUGAGGCCACAAUCAUACAAGAGACAUGUUUUCUGUUGAAUAUAGUUUUUUUGUUUUUGUUUUUUCCAUUGUAGAAAUCAGCUAAUUCUUGGAUUUAAUGUACGGAAGCUUUGACGUUUAAUUCAAUUAAAGUGCACUUAUUAAAGGGAAAUACAGAGCCUGUUGUUCAUGCACACACUGCAUAAAAAUGUUCAUACGCACACACCAUUCAUCGUUAUAACCAGGUAUACCACAGUGGCGAUUGUAAGAUAAAACAGACGCAUGGCUCGGCUUUCGAACAGUUGCAUGCGGCGAGUGUGGGAACUUCUACAUGUGAGCAGUCUUUAUUUUCGGGUUGAGUUUCUCUCGAACACCAGCUGGACUGACUGACCUUUCCUUUCGGGGCAAAUUGUGCGCCUGUGAUCGAAAAACACGUUUCUUAGCGUGGACAAUGAAUUCUUUGCACAUUACUAUGGAUGUGGCAAAUGUUUGGCCACGUUCAAGGGCAGUCCGCUCAUCUCAAUUGACAGGAUUGUAGAACUACAAACUUAGUAAGGAUAAAAUGGGAAUUUAUCAAACCAUUGUCUCCAGUUAUCUCUGCGAGACGAGCUCUUUUCAAUAUCAGGUCCAUGGGUAAUAAAUCAAUGUUUGACAUCAUUACAACCUAUAAUCUGGACGUUUUGUUACUAAAUGAAACAUGGUUAACAGAAAGUAGCUGUAAUACCAUUUUAAAUUAGGCAACACCAACAAAUUUUAAUUUUAUGAACAAGUGUCAAAUAGGGAAAAAAAGAAGCUGGCAUUGCUGUUAUUUUCAGAUCAUUAUUUCAGUGUAAAGAAAUUAUACUGGGUGAUUUUAGCUCUUUUGAAUAUCUGUUUUUUUUUGUUAAAGGUGACCCAAAGGUUAUUGUUUUAAUAAUUUCUAGGCCUCCAAGAUACAACAGAAAAUUUAUGGAGGACUUUUCAGAACUGCUGUCAGUUAUUUGUACUGACUACAACUUUUGUGUCAUAACAGGAGAUUUUAACAUUCAUGUUGACAAUAACAUGUAAAAAAAAUAAAAAUAAAUAAAAUCAAAUCUAAAGAACUCUCUGCUAUACUAGACACAUUUGACCUCUCUCAACAUAUUAAGAGUCCAACCCACACUCAAGGACACAUCUUAGACCUGGUCAUCUCUCAGGAUGUUGAAAUUCUAUCAAUUGACAUUAAGGAUUUCUGACCAUUUUUGUGUAUUCUUUCAAUUACAGAUUCUUCCAAAUGUUCAUACAACCUCUAUGUCUAUUAAGAAACAUAAAUGAGAGCACCGCCACUAAGUUUAUGGAGACCAUAGCUGUGCCGCAAACUGUGAUUGCUGAGACGGUUGAUGAACUUUUAGAUCAUUUCACCUGGCAAAUCUCCAAUGUCAUGAAUGCUGUCGCUCCGAUUAAAACUGAGACAAUCUUGAGGCGACCUAGAACACCCUGGAGGAGCACAAUGAUGGUAAAGAGCUCGAAAUCAAAGUGUAGGAAAGAAGAACGUAAGUGGAGAAAAACUAAACUCCAAAUUGACUAUGACCUCUACAGACAAAGUCUUUGUAAUUUUAACCAAGAGUUAGUCAGGGCUAGACAGCAACACUUUUCUGAAAUCAUCAGUAAGAACUUCAACAAUACUCGCACUCUGUUUGCUGUGGUGGACAAGCAAUAAAGAAAAGAGGAUUUCUGCUAGUAAAUACCUGGACUCACUCUCUUUAAAAACCAAAGACCAAGUCCAAAACCUUGAUGUUCUGAUAGAUUCUGACCUGACUUUCAACAGUCAUAUCAAAUUAAUUACUAAAACUGCCUUCUACCAUCUGAAGAACAUAAACAGCGUGAAGGCUUGCAUGUGUCAAACAGACCAGGAAAAGCUCAUCCAUGCUUUUAUCUCAAGUAGACUUGACUAUUGUAAUGGUCUUCUGACUGGACUCCCCAAAAAGAACAUUAAACAGCUGCAGCUCAUUCAGAAUGCUGCCCUUCGGGUUCUGACCAGAACAAAGAGGUCAGAACAUAUUGCUACAAUUCUAAAGUCUUUACACUGGCUUGCAGUCAGCUUUAGAAUAGAUUUUAAUCACUAGAUGGUUUAGUUCCUGAAUACAUGAAAGGAAUGCUUAUGGAAUAUGAACCUAGUAGAGCUCUGAGAUCGACAGACUCAGUUCAAAUAGUGGAGGACAGAGUCCAAAGCAAACAUGGUGAAGCAGCAUUUAGCUGUUAUGCUGCACACAAACGGAAUAAGUUGCCAACAGAAGUGACGUCAGGCCCGAGUGUGAAUGUUUUUAAAAACUCUUCUUUUUUCUCAUGCUUUUUAUAGCAUUACACUUCUAAAUGAUAUUCUUGCACUGUACGCUGUUUUCAUUGUACUUUUAUUUUGUUUUUGUUUUCGUUUCUUCUUUUUAAAAUGUUUGUUUUUUUCUUUGUUUUUAAAUGCUUUUAGUCAUGUACAGCACAUUGAGUUACCUUGUGUAUGAAAUGUGCUAUAUAAAUAAAUUUGCUUUGCUUUAGUUGUGAAGCUCUUCUUCGA